AUGGCAAACUAUCUUCACCUUGACUGGCAGGGCCGGCCAGAAGAUUUCAAGAUCAUGAUCGAUUUGGGAGCAAACCCACAUUUUCUAUUUGAGGACGGAAAUACGCUGCUUCAUCGUCUUUGGCACGAUACGCAGGUGAACGCCUUAUUUGAAGCAGGAUACGAAUAUAUUGAUCGCCCCAAUUCGAAAGAAUUCCGAGGAGAAACCACUGCGCAGAAGGCUUUAGCGGAGCUAGUUCGAGCAAUCGAAUUCGAGAGGGCUGGCAUGACUCAUGUCUGCUGUCAGAGAAAAGCAUUUUCCCGUGGUCCAAUGGAAGACGAAGAAAUUGAUGAGAUCCUCGAUGAGGAAAAGGACUUCAUCUCAGAACUGAAUGAUACCAUGGAACAAUCCGUCCGAGGCAUUGACGAUGGCUCCAUUGAGGAGACCUGGCUCAAAAUUAUGGUUAGCUUUCAUGCUCCGGAAACAGACAAUGGAAACAAUCUAUGGUCUUGGGCUACUUGGAAGGGAGUGGGUUCAUCAAAGAGCAAUGAUCAGAUCAGACCACCUCCGUGGCAUUCGUCGAAAAUGAAAGAAUACAAUAUUCGUCCGAUCCGCGCCUCCGCAGCCUCCGCAGUGGACGAACCUCGCUACUGGAUCGACGAAACGUGCGACGAAUUUCGGAGGGAGGAAGGACCGAGAAUAAUGCAAAAGAUACGGAAAAGCCGGCUUUACUCUGCGUGGGUGGAGUACUUUUACAGAAAUCAAGCACUGCACGACUAUCCUACUCUAAUUGACAAAGAAUGGCAUGAACGUAGAAAAUAUUGGGCGACUCGGCAGGCCGAGAUGCUUGAUAAUGCCCCCCGAGUCACUGAGAUGUUGUGA